AUAGUUACUUUCUAUGGCAACUUACAGCAGCCACUCUGGCCAGAAUCCUCAAAUUGUUAGUCCGGGCCUGUUUUUCUGUGUAUAUUCAUUUGUGUGUUAUCACCUUUCAGUUAACCUGCAUACUCCAAAACGGACACCAGUUGAACAUUUUACGUCACAGGAGUGAGUUUACCCCGUCCCAGGCUACAAUAACACCAGCCUUUGACUGACAGUGCUAACAAUCAAUGUCAGGUAUGCAACCCAGCCUUCUGUGUCAAAAUCUGAAUAAAGAGCAGCAGCAGUUUUGUUUUCUAGCAAAGUUGAAAUCAUCAGAGAGUGAAGCAGGACUGGGAGAAUAAUGUGGCAUGCAAGGGCCAGAUGAAGAGACGGGAAUAAGAGAAGAAGGAUUCUGUUGGUACAUAGAAUAGAAGCCAAGCCAAUGAAAAUGGUUGUGAGAAAAAAAGCAAUAGCCCAGCAAGAAGAACAGGAAUCACAUCAUGAGGAUGCUGGGUCAGGCAACCAGAAGGUGCUGAAUACAGUGACUGGGCUGGUGCAAUCUGUGCGCAAUAAAAAAGUUUCUGAAAAGGACUCAGGAGACCGCCAUGAAAUAUUGCUGCACAAAGAAAUGGCUUUUCAUCAUGCUGCUAAGAAGAAUGAUGUGCUAGCCAUGACUCGGCUGCUGGAACAAGAAGCCAACAUUAACGCUAAGAAUAAUCUCAACAGGACUGCACUUCACUUUGCUGUAGCGGGAAAUAAUAUUCAGGCCGUAUCCUUUCUGCUGAGCCACAAAGCGCGAGUAGAUAUUGCAGAUAAGCAUGGCCUGACUGUUCUUCAUCUGGCAGCAUGGUCUGCAGAUCUGACUAUCGUGCAAUUGCUAAUUAAAGCAGGGGCCAGCCAAAAGGCUACAAAUCAGGAUGGAAUGAAUGUCUUGCAUUUUGCGGCUCAGAACAAUAAGAAUGACAUUGUGGACUAUCUUAUUAAAGAUCUACAGCUACAGGACUUAAAUAUUCUGGAUAAGAAGAAAAGAAGACCAUUCCAUUUGGCGGCUGAAAAAGGACAUAUCCGCAUGAUUACUAAACUCAUUGAGUUUGAACUAUUUUCUCUGGAAAAAGACACGGAGGGUAACUCGGCCCUUCACUUGGCUGCAAAAAAUGGACAUAGCAAUGUAUUGGAGACUCUUCUGGAAACAUGGCAAGAAACUGAAACAGAUGAGCCAAAUGAGAGUGGGGAGACACCGUUCUAUCUGGCAUCUGAAGGAGGGCACAUCGAUUGUGCAAAAUUAUUACUGAAUAGAGGAAGCAAUAUCAACACUACAACUAAUGAUGGUUAUGGUGCAUUGCACAUAGCAGCACAGAAUGGCUACACCUCCUUUGUCAACUUUCUCUUAAACAAUGGGAUUGAGUCCACCCCCAAGGCAAAUGAAAGAAACAAUCCCUUCCACCUCGCCCUCCUGUAUAAUCACAUGGAUACCAUUGACAUUCUGCUAGAGAGAAAAUACGAUAUUAACGCUACAAACAUGAGGCAACAGACCCCCCUGCAUCUGGCAGCUGAAUACAAGAACACGGAGCUGGUGGAAAAGCUUCUCAUAGCAGGAUGUGAUCUCACAAUUGCUGAUAAGCAAAGAAAAACUUCCCUGGGCACAGCGGCACGGAGCAAUCACAUCCUCAUUGUCGAUAUGAUUAUCAAAGCAGAGAGAUACUACGAAUGGAAAAAGAGAAGUUCUGACAACACUGAGCAGGGUGAACAGGAGGAGAGUGUAACAUUUAAGCAGGACCAUUCAUCCAAAACCAGACUGAUCCGAUCUGCUCUGUGGAACCUGGCAUAUAAGCACCUCAAACUGGACGAAUGGAAAAAGAUGGCUACGGGGUGGAAGUUCACGGAAGCUCAGGUGAAAGCUAUUGAGGAACAGUGGACAGGAAAAGAAAGCUACAAAGAGCAUUGUAACAGGUUGCUGCUGAUCUGGCUCCAUGGGGUUCUAUUGGCCAAGGAAAACCCUAUUAAAACUCUGUAUGAGGUUCUGGUAGAAAUGGGACACAAGCAGACAGCUGAAAACUUCAGAGUAGAAAGCAGCAAUGAGAAUACUACAGAGGCCAAGAAAUGCUGUAUUUCAUAAACAGAAGCCAUCGGAGGAACUCCCCAAAUGUAAUGCACCUCUCAUGAGAUCCACUGCCAGCCAAGGCCGACCUGCCUGGAAUGGCCCAGUGUUUGCAGUACUGACCCACAGUAAUGGAAGAAAGCUUUCAAGAAGUAGUGCAGAAUUAUCAUCAUAAAUCAAUCUUCAUCAGAACUUGCAUUCUGCAAAAAUAGCAGCACUAGAUCUGAAUAUUUUAAAUUUUUGAGCGCACCUUGGGAAAUCAUCAGAACAGAUUUCCACCAACCAGACGCAAUCCAACCACACUAAGGAGGUUAUUUAUUAAACUCCGAAUGCCAAAAACCCUCAAAAUUUGUGUUUUUCUACUAUAAAAUUCGAAUCUUUUCAGAUUUAUUAUACCCCAAAGAUGGAAA